AUGGCUCUUGAUAGCUACUACCAAAAUAAGAUCGAAAGCGUGAAGCUCGAAAUCAUACAUUCAACAGCUGUCCUACGGCGGUUGGAAGCGACGCGGAAUGAUUUGAACUCUAAAGUGCGACUACUGCGAGAGGAGUUGACACUGUUGCAACAACAUGGAUCGUACGUUGGUGAAGUCGUGAAGGUUAUGGGAACGAAGAGAGUGCUUGUCAAGGUCCAUCCGGAGGGCAAAUAUGUUGUCGAUAUUGCCGAUGGGGUUGAAAUCGCGAAACUCACAGCUGGUAAACGCGUAGCAUUGCUACAUGAGAACUACCGAUUGGAAAGGAUAUUGCCUAGCUCUGUGGACCCUCUUGUCUCUCUCAUGAUGGUCGAAAAGGUUCCCGAUAGUACCUACGACAUGAUUGGUGGCCUGGAUCAGCAGAUCAAAGAAAUCAAGGAGGUUAUUGAGUUGGGUCUCAAGCAUCCGGAACUUUUCGAAUCCCUCGGUAUUGCCCAGCCAAAGGGCGUUCUACUCUACGGGCCUCCUGGAACUGGUAAAACUUUGCUCGCCCGUGCCGUCGCCCACCAUACCGACUGCAAGUUUAUUAGGGUCUCGGGUUCCGAAUUGGUCCAGAAAUAUAUCGGCGAGGGCUCGAGAAUGGUCAGAGAGUUGUUCGUUAUGGCGAGAGAACAUGCGCCUAGUAUCAUUUUCAUGGACGAGAUCGAUUCUAUUGGGUCCUCUAGAGUGGAGGGGUCAAGUGGUGGUGACUCUGAAGUCCAGAGAACCAUGUUGGAGUUACUGAAUCAGUUGGAUGGAUUUGAACCGACAAAGAAUAUCAAAGUCAUCAUGGCAACCAAUCGAUUGGACAUCCUCGACCCCGCAUUGUUGAGGCCCGGAAGAAUUGAUAGGAAGAUUGAAUUCCCCCCACCAACUGUUGAGGCGAGAGCAGAUAUUCUCCGUAUCCAUUCUCGUUCCAUGAACUUGACUCGCGGCAUCGACUUGAAGAAGAUCGCAGAGAAGAUGAACGGAUGCUCGGGAGCUGAGCUCAAGGGUGUCUGCACGGAGGCAGGCAUGUACGCCCUCCGCGAGCGAAGAAUACACGUUACCCAGGAAGAUUUCGACCUUGCGACAUCUAAGAUUCUGAAUAGACAUGACGAUAAGGCUACUAGCUUGGCUAAGCUAUGGAAGUAA